UCACCGUCUCGAUGCGGUUUGUUUUGUCUGAUUGGAUUUAAUAGCGUACGGUGUCAAAAAGUGGAUAUAAUAUAUAGAUAAAUGUGUGUGGCAAACAAAAACAAAUGUCAAUUAGAAUUUGACCAAGGCUUAAUGCCGCCCAAGAAAGCUAAUAUGAAAAAUAUUUUAUUUUCCCUUAGUACAAGUGAAAUAGUCAAAAAAUUGUUUUGAAAAAAUUGGGCAAUAAGUUGAAUUGUGUAAUUUUAGAAACGUCUGGUGCACAACAUUUUCGACUGUAGCGUAAAAAGAGCGGACACAGACGAAGUUGCAGAGCAAGAGCGUACACCAAGUGGGAGCAGCGCACGAUACUAGAGAUCCAUUUUCAAAUACUUAUAUCAACUACGCCCCUUACCGCACGCAGCUACUAAAUAUACGAUGUAGCCAUCGGUGGCAUUAAGAAGCGUAUGUAUAUUUUCAGAGCAUCCUAAAUACCCAACGACAAACAUCUAUUUGCGUUCUUGGUCAAUAUGGUGUUGUUGGUGUUGUACUUACAUACAUAUACAUAUGAUCCCCAUACCACGUACGGUGCAUUUUGCUCAUUUCCCAAGUAUUCAUAUAGUACCAUCAGCGCCAAUAAGAAAAAUAUUACAUUCACUCAAUGGUAGCCACCCACACUAACGCCCAAAUCAGAUGCUCUACGUAUUUGUUAUUGCAGUAUCGUUAAUUUAGUCGCUAUUCCGCCUUUGCCAUCGCGUUCGUUGUUGUCUUUUUAGCGCCUUAACCAACGACGUUGUAUCGAACUUGGGUGCGCUUUUGUUAGUGUUUAGUUAAUUUUCGGUAAUUCUUUGUUCUACCAAGCGGCGCUGCCAACGUCGGCGCUGACAGCGGCAGCAUUUAAUCUUAUUCAACAAUACAGAAUGGAAACAAAAAACUAAAAAAAGUUGAAAAGAAAAACGAAUAGGUGUUAAAACUAUAACUAUACACAAUUGUACCUUGUGUUCAAUAAUCUGUAGAGCCAAAUGUGCAUGUUUCCAAAUAAAUUUAAAAAUGAUUUAUAUAUAAUAUAUUUCAAAAUAAAUGCGCCUAAUGAUAAUAUUUGGUAAAUAAUAUUGGAAUGUGUACAGGAAACUCCACUGUAGUUUGUGAUGUUCUUAAAAGUGUUUUGUUUGCAUACGCAUCAUCAAACACCAGUCGGAGUGCUAUCAAAUGCCAGCGUUAAAAAAUAACAUUUCUUAUACGUAGGACUGUCAAAUCCACUAAAGGAAAUAUUUAUAACUACACAGCUAAGGUGCAGGAAGUCACGUUUCGUUCAACAAUUACACAAAAUGCACGUGUAUAUAUACAUAGUACAUAUGUAAAUACUUUAAAAGCCGUCACGCUGUCGCCAAACUUCCAAUUAAGCAAAACCGUAUGGAUUGUACUUUGGUGAAAAAUUUUUAACUCAAAGGCACACCAAACUGCUGCCAUCGAUAAAUAGCAAUAGUGAAGUGCAAAAAGUGAAACGUUAAUUCUGUAAAGUAUAUGUAUGAAUGCAUGCAUGUACAUAUGUAUGUACAUGACACAACAUAUAAAUCUUGGUUAAGCUGCUUUCCUUAAAAGCGUCCGACGAAGUUAUAGCACACCCAUCUGUACAUACCAACCUACUGAAACGAACGAAAGUGAAAAUCUACCAAAUUCAUGCUGCACAUUCAACGGAAGCAGUAACUCUUUCUACAAAAGGUGUGCACUCCACAGUUAAAGCUCCAAAAUGGUGAUAAGCAAUCCGGAUGCAGUGGCCGCCGCCGCCACCACGAACAAUACUGCUGGCGAUGCGGUUGACUUGGCACAUCCAUCGGGUAUUCCACGUGAUAGAAUCGAUAAUAUAAUGAGCGGUAUAGCAAAUACGGGCGAUGUGAAAAUGAAUAACCACCGAAAGAAGCUGCGUCAGAGGUUUGACAUUAUUAAAAAGUUAGGUCAAGGCACAUACGGCAAAGUGCAAUUAGGUAUAAAUAAGGAAACCGGCCAGGAGGUGGCUAUAAAAACUAUAAAAAAGUGCAAAAUAGAAGCUGAGGCGGAUUUGGUGCGCAUUCGUCGUGAGGUGCAAAUUAUGAGCUCGGUGCAGCAUCCCAAUAUCAUACAUAUAUACGAAGUAUUCGAGAAUCGUGAGAAGAUGGUGUUAGUUAUGGAAUUCGCCGCAGGCGGUGAACUGUAUGACUAUCUCUCGGAACGUAAGGUGCUAUCUGAAGAAGAGGCGCGUCGCAUAUUCCGGCAGGUGGCUACGGCUGUCUACUACUGUCAUAAGCACAAAAUUUGUCAUCGUGAUUUGAAGCUGGAAAAUAUACUACUCGAUGAGCAUGGCAAUGCGAAGAUCGCCGAUUUUGGUCUCUCGAAUGUGUUCGAUGAACAAAACUUACUAUCCACAUUUUGCGGUUCGCCGCUUUACGCCUCUCCCGAAAUUGUUGAAGGUACUCCCUACCAAGGUCCAGAAGUCGACUGCUGGUCCCUUGGUGUGCUCCUCUACACUCUAGUCUAUGGAUCGAUGCCAUUUGAUGGUUCCAAUUUUAAAAGACUUGUUAAGCAAAUCAGUCAAGGUGAUUACUAUGAGCCAAAGAAACCGUCGCGUGCCUCAACGCUCAUACGUGACAUGUUGACGGUGAGUCCACGCAAACGUGCCACCAUCGAACAGAUCUGCGCCCAUUGGUGGGUCAAUGAAAAUGAUAAUGUCUCAUGUUUGGACUUGGCUGAAGAGCUAGCGACACAAACACCGGUACGUUUGGAUGUGUUGCUGUCGUUGACACCGGCCGCUGUGACGGCCGAUCAAUUGGUUGUGCCAUCCGCUGAUGCGGGUAAAGGAGAACGUGUGCCACGAAGCCAUUCGGUGGGAUCGAUACGUGAUAUGGGCGGUAAUACGGAAGCGGAACGCAGAAUAUUGGACAUGGUGGCUGCUGGCGGCGAAGCAGCACUCAUGCCAUCACCAACACGCACAAUCACACCCACGCAGAGCCCAGUGCAGAGUAAACGCAAACUCGAGACCACAGUCUCCACGGAGAACGCACAUGGUGCGGCGCUCAAGAAGAAGGAUAAACUCGGCAGCAGCUCAAUGGUACUCGGAGAGUCCAACCUGCCACGACCACAAGAAAUACCCAUGGAGACGGAGGAGGACGAAGCUGCAGAGCAGGAAAUUGACGAAGAGCCAUCGGCCGCAGGAAAUACAAUGCCAUCGAGCAGCUUCUCCCAAAGGGAUAUGGAAAUGGUGGGUGAUCUAUGCGAACAGCUGAUUAAGGAAGAGUCAAAAUCGCCGAUCGCUGCACCACUGACUGAUGCCAGCACUACUGUGACACCUACACAUGGAGGUGUGCUGCGCCAAAAAACGAUCAGCAAGUUAGAGUCGUUGGAAGAGGCGCCUGAAGAAAAGGACGCCACCAAAGUUAUUAAGAAAUUCGUCAAUAAGCACAAAACUGCUGAUCUGGUUAAUGCCAUCGGUCAGAUAACACCGACAGCUGAAAAAACCAGCGAACAGUCUACGCCCACACCUGCUACAACAACAACAACAACCAAUAAUGCCAAAAGUGCAAUCGCCAAGCCAACAGCGACAGCCGCCAAUAACGCCACACCAGCGCCCUUCGUGCGCAAAUGCAGUUUGCAAGAUGAAGGUUCCUUGAGUAAGUUCAAUGCCGACCGACGAAAGUCGCGUGUGCUCGAAACCACCGAAAAGUUACAGCAAAUGAACACCAGCAACGCUACCGGUGGCGGCAGUGAAAAACCGAAGAAGUUCAGCAUACCCGGCGUAAGUGUCGGCAGUUUUAAGAAAGAAUUCGAACGUAAAGCCACAAAUCCGCCAGUACAACAAGGCCCCACACCAGGUGAGUUACGCGCAAUGGAAGAGGUGGCGGCUGCAGCCGCUGCCGCCCAAGAAUUGGAGGCAGAAGAUCAAUCGCCCACAGCUGACAGUGCGCAACAGCCAACAACACCCGUGCCAACCGGUCAUAUUGAGUCAAGCGAUUCGAAAAACUCCGUUGCAUCGCUGUCACUGGAAGACGCGCGUCGCUCCAUGGAGAAUUCGAUUGCGCUGCUGCGUCAGGCGCAAAGCGAAUCCUCGAAAGAGGUGGAUCAGCUGUGCGCGCAAACAGAGAAUAUCGAAGUCAGCGAGGCCAGCAGCCCAGUAGUGACGGCCGAACGCGAGCGGAAGUUGAAGAAUGCGCGCGCCAUUAUCGGAAAUGCCAUACAGCCAGCAUCACCGGGUGGCGAGCCGAACAACACCGUGAAGACAUCCACCGCUACCAUAACACUGAAAUCAGCCACAUUGCCGCGCCGUAAGCCGAGCGCCAAAACGGAAAUCCAAUUAGAAAUAAAGCCACGUAUUGUCGAACAACCGAAUAUGCGUUUCACAACGGAAAUGCAGCAUCCUGUCGCCGAUUUGCGCAGCGCGCCGCCGCGUGAAGGUCCGGCGCCCUACAGUCCCAUCAAGACGAUGUUGAAUGCGCGCGCCACAAGCCUCGAACCCAAGGAGCACAUUAUACCCAUACAGCGACCACAAGCGCCCUAUGCGCGCACAACAUCUAAUACAACAACAAGGUCCGGUUCACUAUCGCGACAAUCGACCAAUGAUUCUGAAUCUGAUACAACAACAACGGCAAAUAUGUCACAAUCCACAGUUACGGGCUCAUCACAACCGAUUAAGAAGAGUCCACGCGAAUUCAUUAUACCAAUUGCGAUGGAGGGCGGUGGCUUCAUAACACCGCGCGAGGGCAGCAUUGAACCAUCAGAGUCUAGUCAUACCGCCUCGAGUCGUUCGACCUUUAAUCGACUGCGGCCAACUCGUCGCAUUGGCAGUUCACUGCUUAACGAUUCUGGCAUCGACGAUAAUUCGCCUUUCCAGAAGUUCCGCACCUCGUCCGGCACCAGGGAAGUCGAUGAGGAGCCACGUUUCACGCUGCACAGGUUAAGAAGCUCUAGACCGGUGAAGAAACUUAGUCAGGAGAACGAUUCACAAAGUUCCGGCGAAGAAGAUGACGAUGAUGGCUUUGAAAUACUCACCGCUGAAAAUCUCUUCUCCACACUACUACAACGAGUGCACGCUUUGACACAUCGCAUGAAUGUCGAUAAAGAUUUAACUGCAGGCUUUUCGAAUUCAAGCCGCCUGCUGAGCAAUAUGCGGCAUGGUCCCUUCUGGAAUCAAGAACCUUUUGGCAGAUCUCAAGUGAGUUAUACAUACAGUGAAACGGUCGAAAAGAAACAAGUCCGCCUCAACAGCGCCUCCGGCAAUAAUGUGGGCGCACCAUGGCGUCAUAGCAUGUCACGUGAUUUGGGCAACGACAUGGACUCCAUAUUUUCACGCACUGGCGCUACACUGCCAAGAGGUACAAAGGGGGCAACCAAAAUUGGCCGUCCGGCCACUAUCGCCGAACCUAGUAGCACAGUUGACGGUCAGGCAACGCCAGCCCUAGCCACGGAUGAGCCACUCGAUUUGGCUGACUUAGAUCUCUCGCGUCUACGUUUGAGCAAGAAGGAUCUAGAAACAUUAUCCAGCAUCACACCCGGUCUACCGAAAUGCUUCCAAGAGCAACUACUGGCCAAAUUGCCGCCAACACAGGCGCGCAAAUUGUCACGCACGUUGAGUAUGCAAGGCGGUACACAAACCGCGCCGGUUAGAAUUUAUAAGCGCAGUCAGAGCGGCGGACGUGGUGUGUUACACACCGGUGCUGGACAGGAUCUUAAAGAAAACGUCGCGGAGGAGACCGCUAGCAGCAGCACAACGAGCAAACGUAGCACAGAUAGCAGCGAACGUCGGCACUAUGAUCCCGUAUAUCGACGGAGUCUCAGUCGUACGCGUUACGAUUACGAAUCGAGUAUCCCUUCGUCAAGCGAUGUGGUGUCGAAAAGCCGCAGCAGCAGUGUUUGUCGCGAUGAUUAUGGUAAAUCGAUGUGCUCUACCUAUACAACUGACAUCAAUGAUCGCUACAAAUACUACUCACCAUAUUUUAAUAAAACGGCGCCUAAAGAUUCGUCUACCGAAAGCGGUUCCGUAUCGCCACAAAAACGUUAUAGCACUUUAGGUAUACCACGUGAAACAGUCGGUUCUGCGCAAGGGCGUCCACCAAGUGGUUGUUUAUCGCCGCCUAUUAUAUCAGCAGACGGUGGUAGCAGCUCAUUGCGUAGACGCUCUUCACAGAAACGUAUCUCACGAUUUUUGCGACCAGACUUUUUCGACGAACCUCUCGAUGAGAAUCCAUUUCAACGUGAAAAGAAACAGCGUGAACGUGAAACUCAAAGUGUGUUGCGUGAAAUACGAGAAAGAUCACGUGAGCCUAGUAGAGAGCGCUGCAAUUACACCAGUUUUGAUGCGGAAGACGCAAUGUCGCGUAAAAAUAGCUUACCCAAUGCGGAAAGCUCGGGUAUACCACUGAAAACGGAACCGAAACAUGUGCGUAAUAAAAGCAUGGAAAUCUAUUCAGAAUAUCAGCCGGCUAGCAGUUCAUCCCAGGAAACAAUUAGGCAUAACCGACGUAGUUUGUCCCGUCCACGUGAGAUCACUGAAGAGUUACGUAAGAAUGAGCUGGCUGAUAAGAUUUUGGAAGAGUUACAAUUACUGUCAGCUACACGAACGCAGCAAGAUCAACAGCAGCAGCAGCUAAGAUCGGCGCUGCCCAGAGAGAUUUCGGUAGAGCGCUCUUCGGAGACGACCACAAAGUCGGUAGUCGAGGGGCCAGGCAGUCGUGCGGAAAUUGAAGAGAAAGAGUCUUCAUCUACAAUAAAGAAAAUUAAAAAAAUAAAACCUAAAGAUAAGUUCAAUACAACGGAAUCUAGUACAGAUGCGGAUGCGACCGUCACUACAUCUGUAGUGAAGAAAGUGAAAAAGAUUGUGAGAAAGACUGAAACUACAAAGACGACACUAAACGAAGCUGCCACCGCUAACUCGAGUACAAUAGAGGAUAAUACUCUCACACCAGCAGAAAUAGAGCAGUCUAGAAGAGAAUCUAAGCUUAAGCGACCUAAGUCGUAUCCAACCAAAGAACCGAGUACUUUGACACCCAAGUUACCUAAUAAGCCAAGUACUAUACCAGAAAUGACUGCAGAUUCAACUUUAGAGGCGUCCAACUCCCAGGCUACGCGUGAAAGCCGACUGAUACGACCCAAGAGUUAUCCAGCAUCUAAGUUAACACCCCCGAAAGAAUCGAGAAAAGUUACGCGUAGCGGCGCCGCAAUACCAACAAUAGCCGAAGGCAGGGUGAGAAACUCAACCCCACCACUAGCUGUUGAAGAGAAAUUCGAGCCACAGACGCCAAUAUCACGAGGCACUGUAGAAACUUCAUCUUCGAGUGACAUUAAACCAACCACAGUUAAGAAAAUCGUGAAAGUUUCUAAAAAAUCUAAGUUAGCACAACCACUGCCAGUCACACCUACAACUCCGACGCCAGCAACAACGUCCACAACGACUACGCCAGCGGAAAAUUCUAAGGAGUCAAGUCCCGUCGUUAAAGAAAAAUCUCCGGAAAAGAAGCCGAGUAAAGGCCUGCUCUAUGCUAUUGGACAGAAAUUUGAAAAACUACGCGAUUCUGCUAUGAGCAAGGAAAAGAAAAGCGCAACCUCCAGUCCCGCUUCUUCGGCAAACGGUGCGGUGGUAAAGAAAAAGUCGCCAGAUAGUUCCUCACCAGACAAAGUAAAGGAUAAAUCCACGUUACUUAAAAAAAAGAAAUCUCUAGAUGGCACUUAUACAAAGACUGCCGUUGAAAAUAAUACAACCACUAAGCCACCUGGUAUGGAAGGUGAAAUGAAGGAAAAACCAGCAAAGUCGGAUAAGCGCUCGAGAAUUGACGCAGUAAUCCGUUCAUUACGUGAGCGCUCCGUACCACGGUCACGUCCCGCAACCGAAACAAACUACAUCAAGCGCGCCGUCAGCGUGGAGGACAUGCCGGGAACGUUUAAUAAGAAUGCAGUUAACCGCGUAUUAGGUCUCUUUAAGCGCAAUGAUAAGGAAGCAAAUGGCGCAGAACGGCGAGUACAAAGCACGCGUUCUACUAGCAAUAUUGAACGUCAGAUACGCGAAACAUCGCCGUCGCCAAUCUACCAGAAUACGGGCGAGUGUCAUCGUUCCAGUAGCAUUUCAGCCGCCAUUGCCGCCAACUUAGGCUCCGGACGGAAACCAGAGAUCACUGCCACAUGUAGCUGUGAAAUUGCACCGGCGCCUAGAGUUAACACAGAAGAAAAGCAAUGCGCCGAAUGUUUACAGGACGCCGUAGCGCUACAGAAGUCCAAGAGCAGCCGCGAUGAGAAAGAUGUCGUAUUGCCGAGCAAGGAAAUGACGCAGAGCAAUAAGGACAAACGCAAGGGACUCAUGUUGGACCUUACCAAAUUGGAUAAAAUUGAUAACAAUACUACAACGAAUCGCAACAACAUGAAAACGACCUACAUGAACGGUAAUGGCAUCUACUCGAAUCUGCCACCUUACCCUGGUGCCGUGAACAGUUCGUCAAAUAACAGCUCCAGCCAGCAAUCCAUGGAUAAUGCCACUAAUAAUAAUAACUCGUAUAUGACUAAUAACAAUUCAUCAAUGCAGACCUCGCAAACAUCAGGUUAUCGCACCUCGUCCACACACGAGAUAAAUCGCAAUCACUUACUAACCCCAUCUACUGAGAACAUUGCCAAUUACUCAUCCGACUCGCGCAGUUAUCAAGAUGAUUGUGCCUCAACUUCGACGUUCCUAUCGCCAACUGAAGAGCCCGAGCUCUACUUCGAUAACUGGUCUGUGUGUUCGGAAGAUAACUACAUGCUACACGCUUCACCUUCGCCAACUGUAUCGCGUCUCUCACGUGCAUCGCAGCUCUCAUCACCCACACGUGGUGAAAGCUCCGAUCCAAAUGAGAGCGUAAUUGAUCGCAUCAAACGUCGUAGUUUCUAUUGCCGCUUUAACGAUAAGAAACCUAAGCGCACGAGUAGCAUUGUCGGACCGAGUGCAGUGCGCGACUAUUAUCGUGAGCAACAGGCCGCCGUAAAAGCACGUUCUAGCACUAAAGUAAACUCCAAUGAACGCGCCAAAUCACCAGACAUUACACAAGAGUUCUUCAGACCGUUGAAGUUAAGUCCGGUUGGCACUGAAUUGAAACCACCCAUUUACAAAGCGCCGCUCGACUAUGCCACCAACAUCACAAAACCGCGUAAGAGCCUCAACGAUAUACGGCCUACUACAUCACCAUCAUUGAUCAGCAAACGCUAUGGCUCCACUGCCGACAGCGAUUAUAUGUCAUUAAAUAGCGGCGUGCCAAUACGCUAUAAGUCAUCUGCCAGUUCAAGUCCUUACGAGAGCAAAGGCUCUUCGGCGACUGGUGGCUUGAGUAUGGGUGUAGGCACCGGCAUUGGCGCUGGUACAGGCGUCGGCAGUACCUACUACAAUACCUACAGCCCGAAACGACGUUCCUCAUAUACAUUCAAUGGCACUCUGCCCAGCGGUGCUACACUCACCAAUUCCACUUUGGACGGUUACGCGACGGUGGGUCGGCGACCUAUACGCGCCUACGAUCAUCGCACCAUGUCACUGCUCGAUCCUACAACCACUCCUCCGUCGACCGGUGUCAGUAGUUUCAGACGAGAAGCACGCACGCCAGUACGGGACUACACUUCAAGCAUUUCGAGAUCGAGUUCACGUUAUCGAACCUCGUCGGCCACACGCAGUCCAACAAACAUUUGAUGUACAACACCGCAGAAUGGCUUCUGUAUCUUCUGCUAUUACUCGAAACGGAAUCGUGGCAGCAGCACGCAUACCGCUUCGUCGUCGGCGUCCUCAAGGACUAGUGGCGACAAGAAACUGCAGGAAUGCACAACGCGCAUUAGAAAUAAGUUUUAAUUCUACUACGACAAGUAGUGUUUACUAAGAAACUAAUUUAAUUACCAAAUAUACAUACAGUAUGUAGGUAUGUAACAUAUAUGGUAGCGUACACUUACUUAAGUCUGAUUCACACCGAUUGAUAGAUGUGUAUAUAGGUCCACAUGGAGGUACAAAUGUAGACAGCGUUUACACAUGGUUCAUGAGAGCUAAGGAAAGCUAUUAUAAUUGGACCCUUUUUGGAGUAAAUAUAGUUAGGGUAGAAUUUGAAAAUGUGGCGAGUUGAAGACUUUGAUAAACCAGUUCAGCUGGACGAGAAAAGGCAUUAUAGAGUGAGGUAAAUAGGUCAAUAUGUGCAGCUGUUAAUUUAAGGUUUUUCUUUGGCAUUUUUCGGGGCUUUAAUCUGAAGCAAUAUAUGAAGCUUAAUGGUAUCGAGGGUAUAGUGAUUAAAGGUUGUGUUUGCUGAGUUACUGAGUUACUGAACGUUGUCUUCUUAAAUACGAAGCUGCAUCAAAGCGUUCUGAAAUAACACAUUAAUACGCACGACAUGUUUCACUAAAAGUGUGAAUCGAACAUUGUUCUCAAUUAAUAUAUUAAUGAACUCGUAUUUCCAUGAAUGCAGGUUCGUGGUUUUGCAUCAUUUGGAGAGAGCGGGCUGCUAAGGUUUUCUCAUCUGUACUACACUUUAACUCAUUUAGUUCUGUUUAUCUUAGACCACUCUACAAUAAUGGUUAUCAUAUUGGGUUAAUUGAUUGACUAAUUUUCAAGCUUUGCUUAAUUGAGAAAGUAAUGGAGCUCCAUCUACUAAAUAAACCUAAAAGAUUUUAUCAUUAAUUGAUUCGAAAUUUUAGUUUAUUUUCAACGAAAUAUUAUUGAUCAUAAUCGAAUAAAAUGUAAUUGUCUCAAUUGACAGGAAAUUAACAUGUAAUUGAGCUUAAUUUACUAAGUAAAUAUUAAAAUAUUUAUCAAUUUUUUAUGUUUUCGAGAAAAUACUAUUGAUUAUAUACGGUUAAAAAAGCAAUUGUCUCAAUUAGCAGGUAAUUGGGCUCCAUUUACAAAAUAAUGAUACCAUAUUUUCGUCUAUUUUCAAGAACAUACUAUUGAUUAUAAUGGAUCAAAAUAUAAUUGUCUCAAUUAGCAAUCAAUUGAGCUCAAUUUAAUAAAUAAAUAUUAAAAUAUUUAUCGUCAGUUGAUUUAAAAUUUUGGAAUAUUUUCAAAAAAAUACUAUUGAUUAUAAUCGAAUAAAAUGUAAUUGUCUCAAUUGAUAGGUAAUUAGCAGGUAAUUGGGCUCCAUUUACAAAAUAACGAUACCAUAUUUACCAUAAUGGAUCAAAAUAUAAUUGUCUCAAUUAGCAAUCAAUUGAGCUCAAUUUAAUAAAUAAAUAUUAAAAUAUUUAUCGUCAGUUGAUUUAAAAUUUUGGAAUAUUUUCAAAAAAAUACUAUUGAUUAUAAGCGAUUAAAAACAGAACUGUCUCUAUUAACUUUAUCGAAUAAAAAGUUUAUUGCCCACAUCGAAAUAUACAUAAUUUUAGGACUAUCCGCAAUUUGAGAGCCUCGCCCAGCGUAGAAAUUGGCAAGACGGUCUCGAAAAGUAUGUUUUCUUAGAAGUUGGUGUAUAACAGACGAAGUUAGGUAAGAUUAUAGUAACAAAUGAGUGGAAAAAGUCGAUUGCCGUUAGAAAUAUUUUAAAUAAUUAAACUUCAAAAUAAGAAAAGUGUAAAAAACAUAUUAUCUACCCUAAAAAUCUCAUUAUUAGGCUCCAAAAAUGUUAAUUUUGGUUUGCUUGUCAGUUGAGAGAAUUUAUCUGGCUAAUGAUCGAAAGUUCAAUAAAAGCUCCCAGUUAGUAGUACAAAUAAUGGAAUCAGUGAGUUGCCAAAACAAUUGUCAUUAUUUUGUCUCACCGCAUUGAGCUUCCAGCAAAGAGUUAUGCAACCGCAAAGAUUUCGGUGUGAAUCAUACAUUUAGAAAUCUUUAGAGAAUUUAAGUAGUAACGAAAGCGAUUAAUAACAAUAUUUAUUAAAUUAAUAGACUAAUUAUGAUUACGAUAUGAAUUAUAAGCAGCUACAUACUAUAUUAAUAAUGACUGACUUAAAAGAACAAUAAUACAAUUUGAAUUGAAAUAUCAAAAGCUUUUUGGUUUUUAUUAUCUCAUAGAACCUUUAAAAUGUGCCUUUUUUAUUUGGAAAAUAAUUUCAGUGUUUAAACAACUAUGAAUUAUUAAAUAAAAGUUAUGUAAUGUUGAAGAACUUAGCAUAAAUAUUGUUAGAGUGUUGCAUGAUUUCAAGAAAGAGAGAGAGAUAGCGAGAGAGAGCUUUUACUUAUACCUAAGGGCUUGAAAUGUCAGAAAAGAGUGUGCAUUUAUGAAAGUAUUGUAUUUGAAAUAUGCUUUUAAAAUGUGUAAGCGCCUCACAAAGAUUUCAGUAAAAAAUGAAAAGUUUUCGAUAAAAAGUAGUAAGAAAAUUGACAAAAACGUGAAAGCUAAAUAAAUAAAACAAAUUUCGUUGCUUGUAAUGUUAUUAACAAAACACGAAAGCUUGCAUUGAUUUAUUUCAAUUACUCAACAAAUAUGUACCUUUCGCAAACUGGUGCCAAACGUUUUAUAAUAAACGGAAACUUUCGAAAAACUCAAGUUGGAGGUUUCGUUAAUAAUGUCAUUAUUCUUUCCGCUGUUGAUGAAACAAACUACCUAUUUGACUAUUGAAAAUUUAAAAAUUGUGAAAGCGCUGAAAGCUUCAAAAAAUAGUGAAAGCUUUUAAGUAACUAAUCAAAGUAAUAUUUUGAUGGUUUUAAUUUCUAAUUACCACUUGUAAACUCUUAAAAUAUAGCAAAAGCUUUAAAUGAAAAGCUUAAAUUUUUAAAAAUUGUGAAUGCUCUUUAGUUAGCAACGAAAUUAAUAUUUUUGGUUUUAUUCAUUUCUAAUUACCACUUGCAUGAAAUGACUGCAAAAAUAUCGUAAUAAAAUGAAGCGUACGGUAGAAAAGAGUAGAACUGAAAUACAUGUUUAAUAUAAAGGUACAUUAAGUGACUAAUUUCGCUGCCAAAAACAUGCAUGAAAGCACUUAAAAGUUAAAGAAACUGCAAUAAUAUCUUUUUUCUACACUUUUUAAGUUUUACAAGAGCUUUUGAAAUACCAAAGUAAAAAAGAGUACAUAGUUUUGUGAAAAGAGUUGAUAUCUCGCAAAAUGUCAGAAAAAAAUCUAUAAUACUUUAACUUUUAUAAAAGCUUUCGAAAUCUCAUGAAAACUCUGCAAAAAUAGCAAUAAUAUCUUCUUUUAUAUCCUUUUUAAGCUUUAGAAGAGCUUUCAAAUACCGAAACAAAAUAGGUACUACAGUUUUUGAGAAGAGGUGAAAGCUCGCACAAAAUUAGAAAGAAAUUUUUAACUAUCACGUUAAGAUUUGAUUUCAUAUAUUUUAAUUUAAUAUCUCCUUUUAUACCCUUUUUAAGUAACCACGGUAAAAAAGGGUUUAUAUUUUUGUGAAAAGAGAUGAGAGCUUGCAGAAAUUCAGAAAAAAAUGUAUGAACAUUUUGUUAUGAUUUGAUUUUAGUAAAAAAUAAAAGCUUUUGAAAUCUCACGAAAGCUUUCCAAAAUAGCAAAAAAUUGCUGUAAUUCUUUUAUUUCAGUGAAAAUACAUAUGCCUUUAGUUUUCGAAAAAAAGCUUCCAUAAUCCAACGUGUGAAAGCUCUUAAAAAGUCACACAUGUUUUGCUGAAUCACUUAAUUUUUAAAAGGAAUAUACACUUCAGUUACCUACAGGAUUAGAUUAAAAAUAUCUUGUUAAAUGCCACUUCGAAGAAGCAUUGGUGAUUUGGUCCCUUUCAAAAUUAGAAACUUUCACAUAUGUACAUACUAUCGAAUACGAAAUAUAGUUUGACUAAUUUUAUGUAAACCAAUUUCUCACCUGUGACACUGUCAUCAGAACUUUUAUUUUUUAUAACGAGAAACAGUGGUUGCACAGCCAUAACCGGACAAAAGUAGGCGUAAAUGGAAUUUUUCGUGAAUUAAGAAAAGAACUGAUUUUUUAGAAUGAGCACAAACACAAAAGUAAUAAAAAAACUAUAAUCCCAAAAGUAAAUAAAAACACAAAACGAAAUAAAUGUGUAUGUUUGUAAACUUGCACUCAAAUUUAGUUAAGAAAUUUAAUACAAAAAUUAUUUUCAAAAUUAGAAAAUUGUUAAAUCAUAGAAAUGUUAAUGUUAUUAUGUAUAUCUCAUACCGUAAAUUAACGAAACAUAUUGGUAGACGGACACUAACAGUGUUAGUGUAAUUGUGUAAGACUUGUAUGUGGUGUGAAUAACCCCUUUGGUGACAGCGAAUACGCAUAGCGAAUUUUCGAAACGAAUGCAACAAAUACGUAUGAACUCAAAACAGGCUGAUAGACUUUAACAAUGGAAUUGUAGGGAAAUUUAUUAGAUUUGAACUGUCUGCGUACUUAAUGGCACAGCAUGAAUGAAACACGUAGCUACUUGUUUAGCGAAAAUGUAGUUAAGCGUAGAUAUAACAAUUAAAUAAGUUGAAAGUAUAAAACAUAAAAAAAAAAAAUAAAAAAAAACAAUUAAAAAAAAUAAACAGUUUAAGAAAUAGUUAAUUGAAUAUGUAAUCAACAAUAGCAGAUGCAUGGAUUUGAAGAGUUAACUAGAAUUCAAGAUUAAACAUUUGCCAAGUUCAUUGAAUCAAAAACCAAAAAUUAAUAAAAACAAAAAAAUUAAAUAAAUAAAAAAAUGAUUUAAAUACAAAAAAAUAUAAUAUUUAAAUAAAAAAAAAAACAAAUAAAUAAAUAAAAAUAAAAUUAUAUUUACUUAGUAAUAAAAAUCUACAAAAAAUGCGCGCAGUUGUUUAUUUGAAUUACAAAAACACCUACUAUUUACCCAUAGUGCAUAUUGUUUAGAGAAUUUUUCAAUAAAAAACUUUUAUUUAGUCCCCAGUAAAUAAAUAAGAAUGAAGCGAAUGGCGAAACACAAUAACAAACAUUUUUGUUUUUGAGGGAAAAAAACUCUUUAGAACCAAUUUCAAACUGUUGAAAUUAGCAACGUAAGCAAUGUAAACACACAAUAGAAAUAAAUAAUUUCAUAAAUAAAUAACAACUAAAAUUACAGAAUUAAAUACUUUUGUAAUUAGCAGUUAUAUUGAAAAGCACCACUGCUUUUAACCGCAAAAGAGUAGGUACUUAUUAAAACAUUUAGAAAAUCUGUAUGAGCAAAUGUACUAUUUGACUUCCAUAUAUACAUACAUACACAGAACUGUUGCGUUAUUUCUCAUUUAUGGAAAUACGAGUACAAGAAGCAAUUAUUUAAUAAAAAAAAUAAAUAAAUUUUUGUUACUUUCAUUUGAA